UGUAAACUUGUGGGCGAUUGGACCGAUUUCGUGCACGCUCAGUGGCGCUGCAAAGCUACCGGAUUUAAGUUUUGUUUUUCGGUUGCGGGUUUCUGACUCGGAGGUUUAGUGUGGCGUUAUUUUUUACAAAAGACAAAUUGGCCCGACUUGGAGAAGUUUUGUGGAAGGAGUCUCUUUCCCUUUUUCUCUCCCCCUUUCUCCUUCUCUCCUCCCUCUUUCAGAGAACAUGACUGUGAGGUUAUCUUCAUGAAAAUUUCUCUGAUAAGGUUGUUCAAAUAGAGGAACCCAAGUAAUCAGAACACCCAAGAUGGGACUCAAACUCACAACCCUGAGAUCAAGAGUCACAUGCUCUUCUGUCUAAGCCAGCCAGGCACCCCAAGAGUCCUACAUUUUAGGACAGCACGUUCUCACCAGCAGGUGUGAAAAGGACAGAAUGAACUUUACCCCAACACGAACCCCUGUCUCCAGAAAGCUGACAACUGCCUCCAAACAUGAUGUUGCCUGUGGCUUCAGUGGUCCCACCAACUGGAAGGGAAAGUCUUUCUUGGAUUCGGUGGAGUCAACUCCCUUGCCUUCCACACAAGAUCGUCUGGCUGUCCUCUGCCCUUCUCAGGAGCUUCUGGAAUAUUACCAAAAGAAGAUGGCUGAGUGUGAGGCAGAAAAUGAAGACCUGUUGAAGAAACUGGAACUCUACAAAGGAGCUUGUGAAGGACAGCAUAAACUAGAAUGGGAUUUGCAGCAGAGGGAGGAAGAGAUUGCUGAAUUGCAGAAAGCCCUAAGUGAUAUGCAGGUCUGCCUCUUCCAGGAACGGGAACAUGCUUUACGCCUCUACUCUGAAAACGACCGACUGAGAAUCAGGGAGCUAGAAGACAAGAAAAAGAUUCAGAACCUCUUGACCCUUGUGGGCACAGACACUGGAGAAGUGACCUAUUUUUAUAAGGAGCCUCCAAACAAAGUCAGCAUUUUCCAAAAGACUAUCCAGCCUGUAGGUAUAUGUGAACAGAAUGAAUUUUCCUCAGCUUUCAGAGCAGAUUCUAAAGUAAGCAAAAGAAAACCAGCAAUGAGAGAGAAAGAAGAAAGUUCUGAGCAAUACCAGGGAGACAUACAAACACUUACCCUGCAGGUGGAAGCGCUGCAGGCUCAGCUGGAGGAACAGACCAGGCUUUCUCGAGAGCAAGUUGAAGGGCUCAUAGAGGAUAGACGGAUUCGCAUUGAGGAAAUACAAGUGCAUCAACAGAGAAAUCAGGACAAAAUCAAAGAGCUUACCAAAAGUCUCCAUCACACCCAAGAACUUCUCUAUGAGAGCACCAAAGACUUUUUGCAACUCAGAUUUGAAAACCAAAAUAAAGAGAAGUCAUGGAUGCUUGAAAAGGAUCAUUUGAUGUCAAAGAUUAAGCAAUACAGCAUGCAAUGUAAGAAGAAAGAAGAUAAAAUUAGAAAUGUUUGGCCAGUCAUUCAUGAGAAUCAUCAUCACCAAAAUGAAUAUGUUAAGUCCCUAAAAGAUAAGUUAGUACAAGAGAAAAAAUUGUCCAACAUGUAUCAAGAGCAGUGCAUUUCCCUAGAAGAAGAACUUGCCCGAAUUCGUGAGGAAGAGAGAGUGAGGAGAGAGAUCUUCAAGGAUCGCACUAACAAGAUGGGGAGGCGCUUACAGGUGAUGACAAAACGCUAUGAGGCCUUGGAGAAUCGGCGUAUCUUGGAAGUAGAAGGCUUUAAGACAGAUAUUAAGAUUCUCCGGCAGAGGCUGAAAGACUUGGAGCAAAUACUCUAUAAGGCAACACUUAAUGCCCAGGCAAACCAGGAUCUUGCCAUUCUGUGUGAGGUGCGUGACAGCAAUAGACGGGCACAUAAGCUACAAGGAGAACUGAAGAACCUUAAGUCCAAAGUAUUUGGUCUGGAGAAUGAACUUAGACUCUGUUGAUGUUUACAUUUAGAAUGGCCCUCGUCUGGAAUAGGUCUGCUUCCUGAAAUCUGAGGAAAAGGUCAUUUUCUCCCAGAAUCUGUACACAUAGAGUCGGCUAGGACAGUGAUAUCCGUCAUUAUGAAGACCGGGCUAAGAGUUAGGGACCACUAAAGGAGCUCUUCUUGCUAAGUUUUAGCUAUAAUUUUUGCUGUCCUAUUAGCUUUUUUUUUUUUUUUUUUUUUGGUCUGGAUUGUAACCUUUCCCACAUUUUUUCUCCCACUUAAAAUAUGACAGUUUUUU